UCACUUUUACACACAUGGGACUAAAAGGACUCCUACAGUUUAUAUUCACUACGGAUUCAUUUCAUUUCAUUUCACACAUCUGCUUCUGCACAUCUGAUGCAUGUGAGUCUUAUUUUACAUGUCAUAACUAAUGAGAAAGAUAAAUAUGUACAAUACUAACCAGCUGUUGACAUAUUCUUUUCUAGAUAACUAACCAUGGCUAGAUCAGACCCGGCAGAACCGUUCCUCAUCAGUGUGACUUACAGGAUGUGUAUCGUGCUGGAGAUGUGUUUCCAUAUUUCAUUAAACAAACAGUAAAUUAGUGACCUUCCCUUUUAAAUGGUCAUCAACACCGGAUCAAGUUUGACUGCUCUUCACCCAAUCAGAGCCCAGGGGGCGGGGCUAGGCAGCAGGAAGUUAGGCUGAUUCAGUGAGGAGGGGCUCCAGCUCCGCGUGGAGGAUAAAUUAUUAUAAAGCGUGAGAAAUAAUCACAUCUGCAGAAAUCGGUCAUGACGGAAGAAGAAAAGCUUUAGGUCUCAGAGACAUGGAACGACGUGAGGAGGAGAGACGGUGUGGGAAGUGGAGGGUGGCCUGUGGUCUGUACAGCUACAACCUGAGGGAUGUCUUCACAUGGCAUCUCCUGAAGACCGUGCUCAUGGGCCAGGUCUUGUCUCUGCUGAUCUGUGGCACGGCCGUGAGCUGUCAGUACCUGGCCGACGCCGGCGUGGAGACGCCCAUGCUGCAGAGUUUCCUCAACUACGCCCUGCUGCUGCUCGUCUACACCACCAUCCUGCUCACACGCAAAGGUGAAAGAAACAUCUUACACAUUUUAAAAACCAAGUGGUGGAAGUAUUUUGUGAUGGGUCUGGCAGAUGUGGAGGCCAACUAUGCAGUUGUGAAGGCGUACCAGUACACCACCCUGACGAGUAUCCAGCUGCUGGACUGCUUUGUGAUCCCGGUGCUGAUGCUGCUCUCCUGGUUCUUGCUGAAGACGCGCUACAGGCUGGUCCACUUUGUAGCCGUGUCGGUGUGUUUGUUGGGGGUGGGGGCCAUGGUGGGGGCGGACAUUCAGGCCGGAAGAGACCAAGGAUCCACCCGUGACGUGGUGCUGGGUGACGGUCUGGUUCUCGUCAGUGCCGUCCUCUAUGCGGUGUCCAACGUGUGUCAAGAGCACACGGUGAAGAACUUGAGCCGGAUCGAGUUCCUGGGCAUGAUGGGUCUGUUUGGGACCCUCAUCAGCGGCAUUCAGCUAGUUGUACUGGAAAUUCCUGCAGUAGGAGCAAUAAAGUGGGACCUUCGUAUCUCCGCCCUGUUUGCAGUCUACGCCCUGUGCAUGUACGCCCUGUACAGCUUCAUGCCUGUGGUGGUGAAGAUGACCAGCGCUACUGCCGUCAACCUGUCUCUGCUCACCGCCGACCUCUUCAGCCUCUUCUGUGGCCUCUUUCUCUUCCACUACAAAUUUUCACUCCUGUACAUCAUCUCGUUCGUCGUCAUCACUGUGGGUUUUAUCAUGUUCAACGCGGCUCCCACGUACACGGCUCUACCUGAGGACGACCCCGCGGAUCAGCCCGCUGAGAGCCCCUCCGACCAGCUGCUGGCAUCGGACACAGACUCUGAGAGGAACGAGACGAUCACCGCCGUCGCUGCACUAUGACGCAAACUGACUGACGACAGAACAAGGGCUUUUACUUUGGAAGACAAACGCAGCUAGACUGCAACACUGAGAUGUGUCAGAGUGAAGAGAUUAUUUUUAUACCAUUGCUCAGUGGGCGAGUGGACAAACAUCAGCUCUAACGUUUAGAUUAUUACACAAGUGCACGUUUUCUUGUACUUCAGACAUCGCAUGUCUUCCACUGCAGUUACCAUUGACACAUUAUGAAUUGUUAUUUAUGCUGUUUUAUAGAUCAUCUGUUACUGCACUCCUAGUGGACGUGUUAAACACAACCACUAUGUCUGGUCACUGGUAUUUUUUGUCUCCAAACUGAUCAGUUAUUUGUCUUGUUUCUCCAUUUUUUUUAAUUAAUAUAUUUGAUAUUAUAUUUGAUUGGUUGAAGACCCAGCCUCACUCCAAAGCUGAUAAACCUUUUGACUUGAUCAGGUGCUACUGUGACUCACAGGAUUACUGGACGGUGACGGGUUGAGCGUGAGCGCCCUUCCUCCCCUCUAUAACCCACCUGGUUAUAGUAAAAGAUCUCUCCAGAGCUGCUGAGAAGGGCGGUCAGGGGCUCUGGAUGAAGAGAAAGGACUCCACCUGAGUAGAAGGCACCUAGUAGUGGAGGCCCUGAUGCAGGGAUUCACUGCCGAACCCUCUGGAGACAUCGAGGGCCUCAUCAGCGAAAUGUAAAGAAAAGAGGGCGCUCACUCGAAAACCCAGCGGAGAUCUAAUUUGUGCAAACAAGUGAUUUUACCAUCUAGUCAGAACUGUGCUGUUACAUUCAACUGUAUUAUGACUGUUUUUUUAAUCUGAACAAAAACUACUAACAAAGUUUUAUUUGAUUUCAGUUUAACUUUCAGCGGUUACACUUUAAGCAUUGAUUUCACUGUCCUUUGCCUUGUAUCGCUAAGAGUUAAACACAUCUGCCGGCAGCAGAUGUUUUUAUCUAUUUAUUUUAUACUAUGAAAUCCAUUUUGACAUUUUAUAUUUAAUGUGCUUGUUUGGUUAUUAUGUAUAAAGCAUCAAAUAAAACUCAUCCAUCAGUCUGGUA